AAAUGUUUAUCGAACUGAAAUUUUUCGCCUAAGCAAUCUUUUCUUGAUAUGGACGUUUAUCGUAAAGAAAAAAUUCGUCAUUGAAAAUUAAAAAAUUUGUUGUCUAAUUAGUGAAUGUUUAGUAUCACACAAAAUGUCCAAAACUGACGAAACAGCCGACAAGUCGGAUAGCAUAUCGAUGCACGAUUUUUUGGAUUUCCUUAAAAUUAGUUGCCAGUUGAAUGAGUCUAUAAGUGAAACUAUUGAUAAAACCGAUAAGAAGGUCGACUACGAUCAAUUGGCGAAAAAUGAAUUGAUUCAUUCCAUUUUGGAUAAAUGCCAGGCGAACAAUCCAAAUGUGAAUGGGCCUGGUGAAAAGGUAGAGACGACUACAGGAUCGUGCGACAAAAAAGCUAAUAAGCGUCGGUCCAGUCGGAAAAGUAAGGACGAGACAAAGCCAUCUCUGGAUCCAUCGUUGAGUGAAAAAUUGGAUGAAGUUAUUGACGAGGGAAUUCUAGAUUCUGUCUUACCCUUUCUAUGCAAUUCGAAUAACCAAUCGGCGAGCACAGUCACCGUAACAGCAACUCAUACAUGUCCAGCAAAAUCGAAAACAUCGGCGAGUACCAUAAAUAUUGGCACCAAUGUGCUAAACAAACCCGAUGCAUCGAAUUUGAAAGUUCAAUCUGAGACCGUUGUAACUAACAAAACCAGCAAGGAUACUAGUGGUACCAGUAAAUUAAGACGAAAGUCCGUUCUUCCAUCAAAUUCAACGGCGGCAGAGUCAGAAGUGGUGAUCCAUGUUUGCGAUGAAGUCAAGGGCGUUUCUCGUGACUUCACAUGUCCUCAAAAAUUGUUGGUAGCAAAAAUGGGCUACUUUGCAGAUGUAACUGCCGGUCAGCGUUUGGAGGAUAUGGAUAUAUCGGUACACUGUGACUUACAAAUAUUUGAGUGGUUAAUUCGAUGGGUGAAACGUGAAUCUACUUCCCAAGAAACUUGGUGCUCCUUGGAUCCCACAAAUGUAGUGCCAAUUUUAGUAUCGGCUAGUUUCCUACAGAUGGAACCGCUACUUGUUGACUGCUUAUCGUUUUGUCAUGCCAAUCUGAACGAUGUUGUAAAGGCGUCGGCUAAUCUCUCUUGUCUCAAUGAUAGCAUCAUAUCCCGACUGGCUGCAAUGUUUACGAACACUGAAUUGGAAAUGGUUAAAGAUAAAAAGGAAAGAGUAACUCCCCGACUGUGGACGAAAUUAAUACAAAGCCUAUGUGAACCAGAGUCUGAAGUAUUACGCGGUCAUUUUGCGAGCGCUGCUGAUCUUUACCGAUGCAACCGUUGCUUCAAGCAUGUAACACAUUCCGUGAGCUCGUACAUCCAUUGCAUUCCGACGAAUCUGCGACUGAAUCGAUGGGGUCAAACAAUCAGUCAACAUACUCGAGAUUUGGCAUGGAACAUUACAAGCCACGUAUCGGCUUUGUACAAGGAACUGAAGUCAUGGAGAAAAGUUUACUGGAGGUUGUGGGGAAAUUGUCACUUCCUCUUUUGUUCAACAUGUGAAACCCAUUUCCCAGUCUACCAGAUGAAUUGGUGCUUAUAUCAUCCCGACCAACCGCAAUUUCUUGGUCCAGUUACUGAGGGCCGCAUGGCUGGACCUUCAGGUCGUUAUCCUUGUUGUGGUCAACAAGCAUUUAGAUACGAAACUUUGCCGGGGCCAAUGGGUUGUCAAUACCGUGAGCACACCAUACACACCGAUUCCGAUCGUGACCGAGCUAUUCUAAGUUUGGUUCAUUUAGCAGAAAUUGGUGGAUGUCUUUAUGAUGCAGCUCCAACACGAGUAAAUGGUGCUAGUGUUAACGAUCCAUGGUGGAACGGAAUCACACUGGCACCAUCUCGAGAGAAGCAAGGAUUGUUGCCGAAUUUUAACGUUAACUUUGAUGCUGAAACCCGUUACAAGCAUCCACGAAAACUUACAGCGAAAAUGUCAUUCAUGGACUCCAGUAGUGAGACGGAUACGAGUGAAAACAACAAAAAAUAUCCAAUGAGUAAACAGUUCUCAACGAGCAGCGAUGGUUGCGAAUCAGACGAUUACAGCAGUCCCAGGCCAGUUGUUAGCCGAUCAAGUCGACGAAAAGCUAAAGUUUCCGGCCGACAUUGGGCUGGAGAUUUAUCGGCCAGAUCGAAUCAAGAUAAUCAACGAGAAUUCGAAGAGAGAGCAAUGAAACAAGUUAUAGCGCUGGUGGGAAAGAAAACUGGUAGUGAUCUGAAUAUGCAGUAUCAAACGCAUCAACAGGGUGGAACUUAUAUGCGAUUGGAGGCGGAGUGGAGAGAAAGCUUAAAGCAACGAGCUGCGUCAAAGCCAAAAAAUACUAAAUAAAUUGCGAGUAGUUUGAGAAAAAUAAAAAAAGCUGCAAAAAA